GCGGUGGCCGAGGCCCGCGGGCGCGGAGGAGGGGCCGGAGACUGGGGCGGCCGGCGGCAGCCGUCCCCGUGACGACUGCCGGCAGCGCGGCGACCUGAGGAGACCGAGCCGCGGGCCCCACCGUCGCCGCCUCUCCCCGCUGUUUUUCUUCUCCUCUCCCGGCAGGGUCGUCAAGAAUGGGCCCCAACCGCCGCAGGCCCCGCAUCCUGCGCCGCCGGUAGGCCCCAGCAGCCGGAGGCCGGCCGGCCUCUCACUCCCCCUCGUUUCAGCCAAACUGUCCCCACCCUAAAUCCCCGGGAAGGAAGAUGAGGGAGACGGGCCCGGCGCUCAGCAGCCAGAGCAGGAGCAGCAGCAGCAGCAGCAGCAGCAGCAGCGGUCGGGGGAGGGUGUUUCGCCGUUUCCUCUCAGCCGCCAGGACAAGAUGGCAGCGGCCGCGGAGAGGGGCUGAGCUCAGGCUGGGUGGUGCCGCCUGCUGAAGCGCUUGGCUCCCUGUUCCCGGCACGGCCCCGCACCCCACCCCGGACAUGCUCAGGGCUGCGGCCGCCCGAAGAGGGGAGAGCGCGGGCCUCUAGGAAGGUAUGGCCUCACAAGUCUUGGUCUACCCACCAUAUGUUUAUCAAACUCAGUCAAGUGCCUUUUGUAGUGUGAAGAAACUCAAAGUAGAGCCAAGCUGUUGUGUAUUCCAGGAAAGAAACUAUCCACGGACCUAUGUGAAUGGUAGAAACCCUGGAAAUUCUCAUCCUCCCACAAAGGGUAGUGCUUUUCAGACAAAGAUACCAUUUAAUAGACCUCGAGGACACAACUUUUCGUUGCAGACAAGUGCUGUUGUUUUAAAAAACACUGCAGGUGCUACAAAGGUCAUAGCAGCUCAGGCACAGCAAGCUGAAGUGGAGGCACCUCACAUUGGGGCGUGGCAAAACAGGUUAAAUUUCCUAGAAGGCCCCCAGCGAUGUGGAUUGAAGCGCAAGAGUGAGGAGUUGGAUAAUCAUAGCAGCGCAAUGCAGAUUGUUGAUGAAUUGUCCAUACUUCCUGCAAUGUUGCAAACCAACAUGGGAAAUCCAGUGACAGUUGUGACAACUACCACAGGAUCAAAGCAGAAUUGUACCACUGGAGAAGGUGACUAUCAGUUAGUACAGCAUGAAGUCUUAUGCUCCAUGAAAAAUACUUAUGAAGUCCUUGAUUUUCUUGGUCGAGGCACUUUUGGCCAGGUAGUUAAAUGCUGGAAAAGAGGGACAAAUGAAAUUGUAGCAAUCAAAAUUUUGAAGAAUCACCCUUCUUAUGCACGUCAAGGUCAAAUAGAAGUGAGUAUAUUAGCAAGGCUCAGUACUGAAAAUGCUGAUGAAUAUAACUUUGUACGAGCUUACGAAUGCUUUCAGCACCAUAACCAUACUUGUUUAGUCUUUGAGAUGCUGGAACAAAACUUAUAUGACUUUCUGAAACAAAAUAAAUUCAGUCCCCUGCCACUAAAAGUGAUUCGGCCCAUUCUUCAACAAGUGGCCACUGCGCUGAAAAAAUUGAAAAGUCUUGGUUUAAUUCAUGCUGACCUCAAACCAGAGAAUAUUAUGUUGGUGGAUCCUGUUCGGCAGCCAUACAGGGUUAAAGUAAUAGACUUUGGGUCAGCCAGUCAUGUAUCAAAGACUGUUUGUUCAACAUAUCUACAAUCUCGGUACUACAGAGCUCCAGAAAUUAUAUUGGGGUUGCCAUUUUGUGAAGCCAUAGACAUGUGGUCAUUGGGAUGUGUGAUUGCAGAAUUAUUCCUCGGAUGGCCGCUCUACCCAGGAGCCUUGGAGUAUGAUCAGAUUCGAUACAUUUCUCAGACUCAAGGUUUACCAGGAGAACAGUUGUUAAAUGUGGGUACGAAAUCCACAAGAUUUUUUUGCAGAGAAACAGAUAUGUCUCAUUCUGGGUGGAGAUUAAAGACACUGGAAGAGCAUGAGGCAGAGACAGGAAUGAAGUCUAAAGAAGCCAGAAAGUACAUAUUCAACAGUCUGGAAGAUAUAGCGCAUGUGAACACAGUGAUGGAUUUAGAAGGAAGUGAUCUUUUGGCUGAGAAAGCUGAUAGAAGAGAAUUCGUUAGUCUGUUGAAGAAAAUGUUGCUGAUUGAUGCAGAUUUAAGAAUCACUCCAGCUGAGACUCUGAACCAUCCUUUUGUUAAUAUGAAACAUCUUCUAGAUUUCCCUCAUAGUAACCAUGUAAAGUCCUGUUUUCAUAUUAUGGAUAUUUGUAAGUCCCACCCAAAUUCAUGUGACACAAAUAAUCACAAUAAAACUUCAUUUUUAAGACCAGUUGCUUCAAGCAGUACUGCUACUCUGACGGCAAAUUUCACUAAAAUAGGAACAUUAAGAAGUCAGGCAUUAACCACAUCUGCUCAUUCAGUUGUGCAUCAUGGAAUACCUCUGCAGGCGGGAACUGCUCAAUUUGGUUGUGGUGAUGCUUUUCAGCAGACGCUGAUUAUCUGUCCCCCAGCUAUUCAAGAGAUUGUCUAUUGCUGCAAUAUAUCUACACUGCCUGGGUGUGCUCUCUACUAUAGUCCAUUUCUUGGAGAAUUUGCUGAUCAAGACAUGCUUUUUGGAAGGGGUAUUCCUGCAACGCAUGGUAAACCCACUAGUUAUUCUAUAAGGGUAGAUAGUACAGUUCCACUUGUAACUCAGGCCCCUGCUGUGCAGCCACUACAGAUCCGACCAGGAGUUCUUUCUCAGCAGACAUGGUCUGGUAGAACACAGCAGAUGCUGGUACCUACUUGGCAACAGGUAACACCCAUGGCUCCUGCUGCUACUACACUAACUUCUGAGGGUGUGGCUAGUUCACAAAGAUUUGGAGACUGGGGGAAAUUGAUUUCACACAGCAAUCAUUAUAACUCAGUGAUGCCACAACCUCUUCUAACCAAUCAGAUAACUUUAUCGGCCCCUCAGCCAAUUAGUGUGGGCAUUGCACAUGUUGUCUGGCCUCAGCCUGCCACUACGAAGAAAAAUAAACUGUGCCAGAACAGAGGUAUUUUGGUAAAACUAAUGGAAUGGGAGCCAGGAAGAGAGGAAAUAAAUACUUUCAGUUGGAGUAAUUCAUUGCAGAAUACCAAUAUCCCACAUUCAGCAUUUAUUUCUCCAAAGAUAAUAAAUGGAAAAGAUGUUGAGGAAGUAAGCUGUAUAGACACACGGGACAAUCAUAAUUCAGAAGGAGAGGCAAGAAGUUGCUGUGAAACAUCUAUCAGACAGGACUCUGAUUCAUCAGUUUCAGACAAACAGCGGCAAACCAUCAUCAUUGCUGACUCCCCGAGUCCUGCAGUGAGUGUGAUAACUAUCAGCAGUGACACUGAUGAGGAAGAGUCGUCAUCACAGAGACAUUCACUCAGAGAAUGUAAAGGUAGUCUAGAUUGUGAAGCUUGCCAGAGCACUUUGAAUAUUGAUCGGAUGUGUUCAUUAAGUAGUCCUGAUAGUACUCUGAGCACCAGCUCCUCAGGGCAGUCCAGCCCAUCCCCUUGCAAGAGACCAAGCAGUAUGUCAGAUGAAGAGCAGGAAAGUGGUUGUGAUACUGUGGAUGGCUCUCCAACAUCAGACUCUUCAGGGCAUGACAGUCCAUUUGCAGACAGUAGUUAUGUGGAAGACACUCAUCAAAACACAGAACUGAUAACCUCUGCUGACACAGAAACCAAGCCAGCUGUUUGUACGGUUGUGGUGCCACCAAUGGGACUAGAAAAUGGAUUAAAUGCCGAUGAGCAUAUGGCAAACAGAGAUUCUAUAUGCCAGCCAUUAAUAAAAGGACGAUCUGCCCCUGGAAGAUUAAACCAGCCUUCUGCAGUGGGUAAUCGUCAGCAAAAAUUGACAUCAGCAUUCCAGCAGCAGCAUUUGAAUUUCAGUCAGGUUCAGCACUUUGGAUCUGGGCAUCAAGAGUGGAAUGGAAACUUUGGGCAUCGAAGACAGCAAGCUUAUAUCCCUGCUGGUGUUACAAGUAAUCCAUUCACUCUCUCUCAUGGAAGUCCCAAUCACACAGCAGUGCAUGCCCAUCUUUCUGGAAACGCGCACCUUGGAGGACAGCCUACUCUACUUUCAUACCCAUCAUCAGCUACCUUCAGUAGUGCUGCACCAGUGGCCCACCUCUUAGCCUCUCCAUGUACCUCAAGACCUAUGUUACAGCAUCCAACUUAUAAUAUCUCCCAUCCCAGUGGCAUAGUUCACCAAGUUCCAGUGGGCAUAAAUCCCCGUCUGUUACCAUCCCCAACCAUUCAUCAGACUCAAUACAAACCAAUCUUCCCACCACAUUCUUACAUUGCAGCAUCACCUGCAUAUACUGGAUUUCCAUUGAGUCCAACAAAACUCAGCCAGUAUCCAUAUAUGUGAAAACUCAAAAACAGUAUAUUGAGGAAGCUCAAUGAUACAAACAUUUGAUUAAAAAUAAAAACAUGGUAUUUAAUAAAUAUUAGCCAUGGCACAAGAAAAUUAUUUUUGAAUCAUGUAGACUUGGGUGCAAUUUAAACAACUUUGAGCUUUAAAAAAACUCACUUUUGAUGUGUUUUGCACAUUUGGUAUAACUUGUCUUUGGUCAUGUUAUCUUCUUAUGUAGUAACUCUAGACAGGUGACUUAUGGGGGCAGAAGUCCAGUUUUGCUCCUGCUAUUUUUUAUAAAUUGCCUUCUAACUAGUGCAAGACACGUCCACAUUUGGGAAGCCAUUCUGUAUACAGACUUAGAGCAACAGAUGCACAUAUGUCAGAAUUACAGCAUACAAGUGAAUUGUAUUAUCUGUGUCUUAGUGUAUAAAUGUUGGUCACUUACCUAAGAAAUUGAGCUAUUGUUCUUUACAUUUGCAUGUGUCUUUUGCAUGGGCAAAAUGUUGCCUAGACUUUGCUCUUAAAUGUUGUUCUAAUAAUCUCAGCUGCAUUGUAAACCGUUCCCACACAUAGUGCCUUAAAUAUUUGAGGUUGUUAAUGUUAUUAUCUAUAUAUAAAUGUUGAGGACUGCAGCACUUAAAUUCAGACCUACUCUUUAGUUUUCUUUUGAUAGAGUAAUGUUCAUUUCUAGUUUUGUGUGGUAUGAUUUCAGGUAGUAGCUGUUUUUUCUUUAUUAAGAGGGCAGCAUGUUUGCUGUAGCUGAAUUCUGCUGUCUGAUUUUUCAGAAUGAUCUAGCUUCAAGAAAAGCAAGCAGUUAGUAGUGCUUAAGAAAAAUUGAUUCAGUAUCUAAUGGAUAGUUGAUAACUGUCACAGCACAGCAUUUUAUAUACUGUUAAGUGAAACUGCAAUACAAUCUAAGUUUAUUUUGGGAGUGUUUGCUGUAUAAUUGGACUUAAUAAAAUGUUUAGAGGUACAGUAGGCAUGACUUUGAGUAGAUAAUGAAAGAAAAUGCAAAAUGCUCAUUGAUUCAUGAUGUGGUUUCAUCUUAGCUUGGGCAAACCAUGCAGUAUUUAAUAAGUAGUAGCAGAAUAUUUACUAUUGAAGCUUGAAAAGAUGUGAGUUCUUUGUGUGCAAUUUUUCAUUUAUGCAUGUUGAAAGGGUUUUUUUGUUUUUUGGGGUUUUUUAAAAGUAUUUUUACAUUGUAGUUCUUGUUUUGCUUGUUGGUGGUGUUUGCUUAUUUAAUACAUUCCGUCAGGGACAGAAAUUACAUGCUUUUUUUUCCUUGGAAGUGUGUCUUGGGUUUUUCCUUCCUUUAUUUUUUCUUCUUUUUUUGGUGGUGGUGGUGGUUAUGUUUAAAUGAAGUUGCUUUUACAGCACCAAAGACUUAAUCAUCAAUUUCGUAUAUAAAAGGUAGCUACUUUUUGCAUAGACCUCAAGUAUAUUGUAGAAUAGAGGUGGAAUUUAAGGAAAGGUAUUAAACAGAGGCUGUGUUUUAGCUUACAGGCAAGUAAUAAAUUGUAUCAUUUAUCUUGAAUGUAUCAUAGAUAAGCUGCUAUAUAACGAUUGCCACUUCAGAUAGCUGUGAAAUUAGGUGAUUAACUAGUUGUUAUUUAGCCUUCUAAUUUCUGUAUAAGUCAAAUUACAUGAAAUAGAAGUUGGGGUUUUGAUUUUUUACUUUGCUUUUCUGUUUGGAGUGUCAUUGUAACUACUGUAUUGUAAAUGAUGGAAAAUAAUUGCAUAUGUUAUUUUGGGGUGUGUUAUUUGCAUCAGUAUUUUAUCUCUAUUAAUGUUUGUGCUCAUCACUGCAUAUAAAAAAACUUGGAUGUAUCAAUGUAACUUAAUUUUUUUAUUUUCAUACUGGCAUUGUAGACACUUGAGAAAGCUGUAUCUUGCAGGCUUGACUUAACUUUUUUUCCUUAAAAAUCUGGAAUAUAAUCUUACAGCAUUUACUGGAAUAAACAGUACAAAGCAUUUGAGUGUAAAACUCUCCAAAUGUUUUGGAUUUACAGCGUUUCUUUGAUAAAUGAAUUGCAUACCACUAGUACAGCUCUAAUACAGUGUUGACAAUAAGCUAAUAAUGGAUAAACUUUUCUUUACUCCAUUAACACAAGCAGUGUUUUAUUUAAUGAUCAUCAGUGAAAUUAAUGUGCCUGAAAUUGAUUUUAAAAAUUACAGUAUUAGAUCAUAAAAUAAAAACCAGCAGUACAUUUUUAGUCACACUGAAAAUGAAGGACUUAAUUUUCCCCACAAGUUUCAGUGUUUUUAGUAAUCAAUUCUAUGCAUUUUAUAUAAAUAGAAAUAUAUAUAUAUAUAAUACACAUACAAAAGGAGUAGCCUAAGAUUAAUUUAAAAGAUUAUUUACAGAUGACAAAUUUAUGGAGUCACUAUUUAAGUAAAUUUGCUGCCCUCCACAGCCUUCUAAUUUUAUUUAUAUGGUCCAGCAGAUUACUGGUAUCUGCUCACUUCUUGGAAAAGAAUCAAUGCUGGCAAUGGAUGUUUCAGAAACACCAAGUGUAAAGAUUGAUUGUAUCACAGCAGGUACAAACCAGCGCAGUUUUCUUUUUGUUCAGGGCCAUGUUUACUACCCUGAAAUGUCGUAUUUUCUGUAUAUAAGUUUGAAGACUGAGGUAGUCUUGUCAAAUUGACAGUAAAUGAUAAACUUCAGCAUUUUCAUAUUACAGUAGUAAUGUUUGGUAAAGGCAUAUCCCAGUUCACUGCUUUUAAUUAAUUGCAAUCAUGGGCUUUUUAAUGUGUUUAAAAAUAAAUUCAAAAUUCUGCUGAAGUCUAAAUUUAGCAUAUUGACAAAAAUUGGCUUUUUUUUAACCCUCUUUAAAACAAUUUUUAUUAGUUUUCUUUGGUUUUAAUGCUUUCUUAAAUAAAACACUGCAUAAUUUCCAAGUUGCGUAUUUGCAUACUAUUUUAAUUUGCAAAUUAUUUUUUGUCAAAUAAAGUGAUAUUUAGUUGUUUUUUCUUUCCUUCAGGGUGUUUAAUUAAAUAUGUUACUGUAUUAGCAAAACCUUUUCAUUUUUUAAAUGCCUACUGCUAAUAUUAAAUGCCUACUGCUAAUAUUAAACUUGGUUUGUUUUAAGUAAAAGUUAAAUCAUACACUGCAAGGUGUAGGAAGAUUUGUUUUAAUGAACCCAAUGAUAUAGAUUUGAUUACUAAGUUUGAACUGUCAACUGUUUAACAAUUUUAGACUUGUGGCUUUCUUUCUUUGGUUUGUUUUUGCUUUUAUUUCUAUGCUACACUAGUUUGCCAUGUAGCAAUUGCACUGUGCAAUAUUACAAUAAGGACUGGGAAAAUUUUAUGGAUGUAAUGUCUAUUACGGUUUGCGAUAGUAUUUCUCUCUAGUUCUCAGUGAUUUAAAUGUGACCAAGCCUUCUGUACUUUGUCACAAAAAGCGGGUUUUCCAGGUGACUAUUUUGGUGAGUGUCAAAAUAAGAAUUUAUGGUGUAUUACUGUCGAUUCACUUUGAAUUAAAAUAUAUAUAUUGCAGCAAA